GCAAACAUAAACCGGAAAAUCCCAUCUUAUCAUCAUCUCCAUCUUCCCACCUUCCACCUCACCCAGCAAUGCUGUCUCCCUCCCUCACCGCGCCGCCUUCCUCCUCCGCCGCCCUCCUCCCCUUCUCCUCCCCCGCCCUCCUCCCUUCAUUCCGCACCCCCACAUUCCCCCUCCUCUCCACCUCCCGCAAGCCCCAAUUCCGCCUCCACGCAAUGAUCGAGAAGGAGAUCCCCGCGGCCGAGCGCCCCGCCACUUUCCUCCGCGGAAUCGAAACAGGCACCUCCAAUUCCCCCGAUUCCGUCCGCGGCAGGUUCGAGAAGAUGAUCAGGGAGGCGCAGGACAGCGUCUGCGCCGCGAUUGAGGCCGCGGACGGCGGCGCCAAGUUCAAGGAGGACGUCUGGUCCAGGCCCGGCGGCGGCGGCGGGAUCAGCAGGGUUUUGCAGGACGGCGCCGUGUGGGAGAAGGCCGGGGUGAAUGUGUCCGUCGUUUACGGGGUUAUGCCGCCGGAGGCGUACAGAGCGGCGAAUCCUUCGCAGAAUGGGGAUGUUAAGCCUGGUCCUGUUCCGUUCUUCGCUGCUGGAAUCAGCUCUGUUCUUCAUCCCAAGAAUCCUUUUGCUCCGACUUUGCACUUUAAUUACCGCUAUUUUGAGACUGAUGCUCCUAAAGAUGCACCGGGAGCACCGAGGCAAUGGUGGUUUGGUGGAGGGACUGAUUUGACUCCUGCAUACAUUUUUGAGGAGGAUGUUAAGCAUUUUCAUCAGGUCCAGAAGAAUGCAUGUGACAAGUUCAAUACCGAUUUCUAUCCUCGAUUCAAGAAAUGGUGUGAUGAUUAUUUCUACAUUAAGCAUCGUGGUGAGAGACGUGGUCUUGGGGGUAUAUUUUUUGAUGAUCUGAAUGCAUAUGAUCAAGACAUGCUUCUCUCUUUCGCUACCGAGUGUGCAAAUUCUGUGAUUCCUGCAUAUCUACCCAUCAUAGAAAAGAGGAAGGACACUCCAUUUACGGACAAAAACAAGGCGUGGCAGCAGCUACGUCGAGGGCGCUAUGUAGAGUUUAACUUGGUCUAUGAUCGAGGAACUACAUUCGGCCUCAAGACUGGUGGGAGGAUUGAGAGCAUACUCGUGUCACUUCCGUUGACUGCACGAUGGGAGUAUGACCAUCAACCGGAAGAAGGUAGCGAGGAAUGGAAGCUUCUGGACGCGUGUAUCAACCCGAAGGAGUGGAUCUAAGUUUUAUUGUAGAGAGAGAUGUUUGUGCUUGUUUGUUUGUUUGUCUUCUUGUUUUUUGCUAUUGUAGUAGGCUUUCCUUUAGGUCCAUUUUCUGAGUAGCUGCUUAACUCUUUUUGGUAAUAAAAGAGGAAUCUUUUUUUUC